CAGCAAAAACGAUAUGCUCGGAAAAUAAUGAAAUGAAAAAAUGAAAAUAAAGCGUUAAAAUGUCGGAAUUAAUAGCUAAACAAUUGUGAAAAGUGUUUAUAAAUGUUGUGUUAAGUGUUUGUUGAUUGUGUUAUAUGCAAAGUCUAAAGAAAAUGUAAUAUAAAAGGCUAAAAAGCAGAUUUGUGAAAAAGCAGGCUUUUUUCUCGUCGUAAAAUACAUACAGCGACGCACACAUAUGCACAUAGAGAAACACGCAUACAUGUGCAUAUGUAUAUAACGCGCGGGCGCGAGAGAGGCGAAUGCGAGAGCAAAGCAAAAACCAAGAAAUAAGUGAACGAAAAUAAAAACGAAAUCGAACAAGUUUUGAAUUUGUUUAGUGUGUGCAUGGAGCAAAUUAUGUUUAAGCAGACAAGCGACAAAUUGUCAACCUCAACGAGUUGGAUACAAAUACACGAUUAUUGCCAUUGCUGCGCUCUUGUGUUAAAUAACAAAAGAUUCAAGAAAUCUCGCUAAGACACAAAAAUUCGCGCAUUUGCGAAUAAACCUGAUGCGCAAAAAGUGCGCUAGUAUAUCAGCCGUUGCAACCAAUUGUCGCGCCAGGAAAGUGAACUGCAAGCGCAAAUGCAAACGCUAUAUAAGCAAGUGCGUAUAUUAUGGGCCGCUCCAAGUUUCCCGGGAAACCAUCCAAGUCGAUUAAUCGUAAACGGAUAAGUGUCUUGCAAUUGGAAGAUGAUGAGCAACAGCAACAGCAGCAACAGCAGAGCGAGCAAAGCGCCGCAGCGGCAGCGCGCGAAAAGGGCAACAAUUGUGAUAACAACGAUGAUGAUGAUGGUGCAGCACCAGGCGGCGGCGGCGGAGUUGCUGUAAGUGGCAACAAUGCUGCCACAGCGAGCGCGACAGCUGCCACAGGCAACGCUGGCAAUGGUGCUGGAGCUGGUGGUGCAACAAAUGGCGGCAACGUCAACGGUAGCAGCAGCAGCAAGCAGCAAAAGUGCGCGGAGCAGCAGCUCAAGGAAUGUAAAAAUCAAACAGCUAGUGAGGAUGAUAUUGAGGAGGCGACAGCGGCGGCGGAGGAGGAUGAUGAUGAAGAAGACAACGCUGAUGAGGACAAGACAGCGUCGGCGUCGGCUGCGGCAACUGCAACAACAAGCAGCACAGCGAAGGGUCUCAGUGCGUUGCAACGUGCUGCACGCAAAGGAGGCAAUAAAAAAUUCAAAAACUUGAAUCUGGCUCGAGCGGAGGUGAUGUUGCCAUCGACAUCGAAACUUAAACAACAACAAUUGCAACUUAAUUGCCCUGCAACAACAACAGCAGCAGCAGCAGCAGCAACAACAACCCCAAAGUUGUAG